AUGUCUUAUGAUUUAAAUAUACCAUGGCCAGUAAGUAAUUAUGAUAAAUCGCCAACAUUACAACAAUUAACCAAUCUUCGAAAUAUUAUCAUCACUAAUUAUUCAUUAGGUAUAACUCAUCAAGCAAUUAAUUUCCAAAUAUCAAUAGAAUCAGUGAAAAUACCAACCACCAAAAUCAAUCCAAUACCUAUAAAUCAAUUAUCAAAUGAAUUAUUACCUAAAUUCCCCAAAUUAAAAUUAUUUUCUCGAUUAACUUUAAUAGUUAAUGAUUCAUCAAAAUUACCUCAACUCAAUAAAUUACAAAAUCAAUUUGAUAUAAUUGCUAUUCAACCAUUAAAUGAAAAAGUUUUACAAUUAUCAAUAUUAAAUUUAGAUAUUGAUUUAAUAUCAAUUAAUUUAGCAUCGAAAUUAUCAUUUUAUUUAAAAUUUAAAACUUUAAAUAAUGCUACUGAAAAAGGUAUAAAAUUUGAAAUUUGUUAUAGUCAAUUAAUAUCAGGCAACACAAACAGUGGAGGAGGAGGAUAUAUUGACGAUUCAACAAAUACUAAUUUGAUUAAGAAGAAUUUUUUCAAUAAUGUAUUACAAUUAAUCCGUGGAUGUAGAUCAAGAGGCAUAAUUAUAUCAAGUGGAGCUCAAACAUCAUUACAAUUAAGAAAUUUAUCGGAUAUUUUAAUAUUAUUGAAAACUUUAAGUUCUUCACCUUCAGAUUUAUCGAAAAAUAAUUGUUCGAAAUUUAUAACUAUUAAUCCAGAAAGAGUAUUAAUUAAUGGGAAAUUAAAACAAAAAUCUCAUCGACAAACUAUUGUUGUUAAUAAUGAUGGAGAUUUAUUGCAAGAAAAACAAACAAUUUCUGGUAGUGGGGGUGGGUUUAAGAAGAAAUUAGAUGAUACUUCAUCUGGCCGAUUAUUGAAAAAGAGGAAAACAACAAAAUAG